AUUAACCAUUGGAUUAAUUAAUUCAUUGACGGACAUUCAUGGACGGCCUCUCGAGAAGCGGAGAACAAGUUUCUAUUCGCUCGAGAUCGAAUCUUUCCGCCUAAUCCUUCUGAUUAAUUCUGAUCGAUUAAUCUACCGAUUGCCGCAGAAAGCGAGUUGAUCAGCGCGUUGACGAAACAAAUAUACAAGGUUGAGUCUCAAAUGCAAAAGGCGCAAUCCGAUUUGAAGAGGAGCGAAGAGCAGAUAAAAUUGAAGGAUCAAGAAAUUUACAAGAUGAAACGAAAGAUCAAGGACUGGGAGAUCAAGAACAAGAACCAGGAGAGUUUGCGAAAGAAGGAGCAGCAACAGCAACGAGUUCAAGCCGACCAGUCGGAAUAUCUCUACAGAAGAUGUCUGAUGCUCGAGCAGAGAAUCUUCGAGAUGGAGAAAUUCUUGGCCGAUUAUGGUCUGAUCUGGGUUGGCAACUCGACGAACUCCCCGAAGUAUCCUGAAACGAUCUUCAAGUAAAUCGAGUAUACGUUACUAUUUCAAUCCAUCGACACCCGAUCGAAUUAAUGAUCAGUUAGCCGUGCCUUUUAGCAACACCAUCGAGACAUAUUACGACCAGAUUAUCGCAAACAUCGACCAGCUGAACCUGGCCGCUGGCAAGGGUGAAGUUCACGUGCAACAUAACGAGAGAGGGAACGGAGCCUCGUUCAAAGUAAAUAUUCU